AUGCCAGUGUGGAUAAACCAAGAACAAAAGAGAAUAAACAAACCUGAAGGCUCAAAGAAAGAAAGGGUUGAAUAUCAUCAAAAAUUAGCAGAUAUAAGUAAUAUUGAGGAAACAUUCAUGGUUGAAUAUUGUCAUAAAGAUGAAAGUGGCUUCUUCCUUUCGAUAGCCUUUGUUCAAUGA